AUGCCAAAAAACCGCCCUGCCACGUCAGGCUACGCCCGUCUCGCCCAAGCAGAGGAAGAACGCGGCUACCUCCACGAUGAGUCGGAAGAUGACGAGCUGGCCGUAUCUUCAACUGUGUCCACCUCAAACCCCCGUUAUGCUCCUAUUUCCUCCCGAGCCCAGAUGCAGGCGUCCGGUCUCGCCACGCCUCCAAGUCAUCGACGCAGACAUAGUGGAUAUUCUCGCCGCGGCCGCCGAAACUCUGGUGUAGACAUCAAGGCUAUCAAUGCGCGUCUGGAGCGAUGGGCGGAGGAGAUUGCCGCCAAAUUCAAGAUCAAUCGAGUCAAGGGUAAGACCUACGAGGAAGAGAAGCUCGAGAUCUACCACUCGGUCUUCCAAGCCCCCGAUGGCGUGCGCCCAGUCUCAGCAGAGGCUCUUGACUCUGAUGAAUUUGAAGGCCAGCAACGAAGGGCACGGGCAGAGUAUGAAGAGAUCAUCGAGAGUGUUCGCCUUGCAAUUGAGCUCGGUGUGCAUCCAAGGAUGAUCGCGCAGGGAAGUUCGGGCAGUUACUUCGCUCGGAAUCCUGAAGGCAAAGUUGUCGGCGUAUUUAAACCCAAGGACGAAGAGCCCUAUGCGUCGCGAAAUCCCAAAUGGACCAAGUGGAUUCACCGGAAUUUGUUCCCUUGUUUCUUUGGCCGAGCGUGUCUCAUUCCCAAUCUCUCCUACGUCUCCGAGGCCGCCGCAUACGUCCUUGAUGCCCGCUUACGUACAAACCUCGUCCCCUAUACCGAUAUCGCGUAUCUAUCCUCGAAAUCAUUCUUCUAUGAUUUCUGGGACCGGCGCAAGGCCUCGAAAGGAAAGAAGAUUCUGCCUCCCAAGGCUGGUAGUUUCCAAGUCUUCCUUAAAGGUUACAAGGAUGCCAACAUUUUCCUUCGUGAACACCCCUGGCCCGACCAGAUCAAUUCAGGCUUCCGGGCGGAGGAUGCUCCGAAGCGCAAGAAGCGGCCGUGGAAUGAGUCUUGUCGGCCAUCCGGUGUGCAAUCCGACGAUGAGGAUGACGAUGAUGUUGGUCAGAUGCCCACGCCAAACCCACGCGAUGAAAGUCGUGAGCGUCGUUUCAAUUGGACCGAAAAUCUCAAGCAGUCCUUCCGGGAGGAGCUGGAGAAAUUGGUAAUCCUGGACUACAUAAUGCGCAACACGGAUCGUGGACUUGAUAACUGGAUGAUUAAGAUUGAUUGGGGCACUGAACAAGUUUCAAUUGUGGCGGAUCCUCCAAAGUCUAAUGAGCCACAACCCAAGCACGACGAAGACGACCUCCUGCCCCCUCCACGCCCAGUUUCUGUCAACUCAAACGGAUCCAACCCCUACCGGCGGCGAGAGACAAUGAUGGCAGUUAGCCGCACAGGAACACCCUUGGCUUCAUCGGAACAACAGGCAUCUAUUCAACUUGGUGCCAUCGAUAACAGUCUAUCAUGGCCAUGGAAACACCCAGAUGCAUGGCGUAGUUUCCCCUUCGGAUGGCUUUUCCUACCCGUUUCGCUGAUUGGACAACCUUUCUCGCAAAAGACUCGCGACCACUUUCUCCCUUUGCUAACAUCGACUGCGUGGUGGAGUGGGACGCAGAUGGCUCUGCGCCGAGUCUUCUCCCAGGAUGACGACUUCAAGGAAAGCAUGUUUGCUAGGCAAAUUGCCGUUAUGAAGGGCCAGGCCUGGAAUGUGGUUGAGACAUUGAAGCACUCGGACCAUGGCCCGCUCGAAUUGACUCGAAGGACCCGGGUUUGCGUGUGGGAUGAUCUUGUAGACGUCCCUGUUGCCAUCCCAAUGCGAGCACCCUCCACCGACAUGCAAAGACGCCAGGCCAUGAAUUACGACAACGAAGAAGAAGAGAUGGACAUUGGUGCGGCCAACUCUUCUCAAACACACCCCGAUCACGAUCUCCUAGGACUUGGACCGUCCCCGAACGACCUUCCUAAUCCCAACCGGUUCGAGCUCUCCCGUGGUCAAACUGGCGGACGAGCUACUGACUAUAUCGGUAGUCCCGCGACUUUGAACGACGGUGACUUCUCGCGCUCAACUAAUGACGGUGCCUAUGCUAGGUCUUUGGAUGGAUGGCCUGACCACCCUGAUCGACCGAACAAGCAUCGCAAGCAUGGUGGCUCUCUAUCUUUCCGUAUUCCUCAUAUCAACACUUUUGGCAGCGAUGACCUCGAGGGUGACCUCGGAUAUGCAGCUGCCGAGGGCAUGGAAGGCAACCAGCGCAAAGUUAUUGUGGAGCGCUUGGAAGCUGUCAAGAGCAAAAACCCCGUUUUCACCUGGUGCUAA